AGAGAGCGAGCGAGCGCCUCGGGCCUGGCGCGGACAGAGCCCUUGGGGGGCCCUGCAGUGGCGGGGCGCCGCCGUGGCUGAGGAGGCGACCCAUCUCUCGCCGUCGCCGCCGCCGCCUCCGGUGUCCAUCGGCGGGGCCUCGCCUCAGGCCCUCCCACAGCAGGGCCUCGCUUCCCCUGCAAACUGAGGCUUUCCAUCCCCUGAAAGAGGCAGCGGCUCUUUCUCUUCUUAAUAAAUCCAUAAGGUUUGAGGGGUUCCGUUUCUGGGAGGCCAGGGAUGAGUGAGCGUUUAGCAUAUGCUCAGAGGCGCUCUUGCCCGACCGCCCCCCCCCCAUCGCCUCGCGCGUUUUAUUUCACACGUCCUUGGCUUGAGCCUUUGCGUUGUACCCUGCUAGGAAAAGACCCUCCCUGCUCAUAUUUGUAAGAGAGGGGCUUUGGGAUUAUCCUAGGAUUAUAUGAUAAGGGGAUAAGAAGGACGUUUUUGGCUGAUGGGCAUCUAAAAUGAGGAGCAACUUUGAAUUGCUUCUUUCAGAUAGCCAGGAUAGGUAAGUGGAGCUUCCAAGUCCAGCAGAAGUCUACCUCUUAAUGCCAGAAGUGCUUGUGUCUGUUUUAGGGUGGGGUGAGGGCUCCCUGCCUUUGUGGCCUCCUUGUAGGUUUGCCAAGGGGCAGUUUGGAAACUGGAUGUUUGAAGGAGUAGAUAGAGCAUUGGCCUGAGCCAAUGUUACUGCUGAGCCAUAUGGAGAGUUUAUAGCAAAAGACAGCUGGGUGCUAGCUGGCUGGAAGUCAAACCUGUCAGGCCAGUUUAAAGUUUGGCUGUGUGGCAAGUUGGCCAGUGUAGUGAUUGUUGGUCAUGGCAAUGUGGGUGGUGAGAGUCACCAAGCACAGCGCUUGGACGAAGGUGCCUAAGCAGGGUAGCCGAGUCCCCAGCACCUGCAUUAUCAUGCCUUCAAGGUGUGCCAGUCCAAAUGCCCACCAAAGCUGGUGGCGUAGUUCUUGACGUAACAUCUAAUUCCUGGAAACCUCUGCUCAGUAGCCUAAAACACUGCUACAGAUGGUAUAAGGGAAACAAUCAGGUGUUUUAGAGUAACUUAGGAUCUAGUGUGUUCAGUACAUUUCGAGGGCACUCUUGGAAAGCAUUGGCAAGGAAUACAUAUUACAUUAAAUCCCAUAACUUGGACACUUAAAGCUGCCUGAAACAUAAGGCUUUAAAUGCCAGAUUUGUUGGUUUUAGCUCUGUAUCAUGAGCUGAAAGCCUGACUUUUUCUGGUCUUAUGUGGUGAGGCUUUUCUUUUGUAGACUCGCCUGUAGAGGUAAUGCUUCGUGAAUAAAAGCACGAAGGUAGGCCUGUUCUGUAUGGAAACGGGACUUUAGUGCUAGCCCCAGGACAUCCCCUUGAAAAGCUGUGCAUUCCUGUCAAGGUUUGUAUCUGCUUCCUUACUUGAAUCGGCAACUAUCUGGCACAUUUGCAGAACUCUGCAGAUAACUUUUUGCACUUUGUUUCGUAAAUGAAUAAGUGCUCGUUCUUUCUUUGUGUAUUUGAGUUGCUUUUGAAUUGCUUCCCAUAAUUUUAUUUCAUACAAACUGAACAAUUGUGGCCCCUCUAUUUUAUUUAUAAAGGUUCAGUGUAUCUUUGCCUGCCUACAUCAAUCUGCAAGGGAGUUGCAGAAAAGCCUCAUGUUCAUCGAGCCGUGUGGGCAAGAAAACUUUUCCUUUAAAACUUUUCAACAGCGGGCAUAAAAAUUCUGCAGCUGAGGUCUUGAAGAAGGCAGAUGGGAGAUGAAACGAGGCAAAGGGUGAAGUUCACAGAUGAACGAGUCUGCAAGAGCCACCUUCUGGAUUGUUGCCCUCACGAUAUUUUAGCAGGAACGCGCAUGGACCUUGGAGAGUGUACAAAAAUUCAUGAUUUGGCACUAAGAGCAGAUUAUGAAAUUGCAAGUAAAGAGAGGGACCUGUUCUUUGAGUUGGACGCAAUGGACCACUUGGAAUCCUUCAUUGCUGAGUGUGACAGAAGAACUGAACUGGCAAAGAAACGACUUGCAGAAACACAGGAAGAGAUCAGUGCUGAAGUGGCUGCAAAGGCAGAAAAGGUGCAUGAACUAAAUGAAGACAUUGGCAAACUUCUGGCUAAAGCCGAGCAGCUGGGGGCUGAAGGGAAUGUGGAUGAAUCUCAGAAGAUACUGAUGGAAGUCGAGAAAGUCCGAGCAAAAAAGAAAGAAGCAGAGGAGGAAUACCGCAAUUCUAUGCCUGCAUCCAGUUUCCAGCAACAGAAGCUGCGUGUCUGUGAGGUCUGUUCUGCAUACCUUGGUCUCCAUGAUAACGAUCGCCGACUUGCUGAUCACUUUGGAGGCAAAUUGCACUUGGGCUUCAUUCAGAUUCGUGAGAAGCUGGACCAGUUGCGGAAAACUGUGGCAGAGAAACAGGAGAAGAGGAAUCAGGACCGGUUGAGACGGAGAGAAGAAAGAGAGCGAGAGGAGAGAACGGGUCAACGGUCUGGAUCCAGAAACAGAGAUCGCAGAAGGUCUCGCUCUCGAGAGCGGAGGCGAAGACGUUCGAGGUCCAUUUCCCGUGAGAAGCGAAAGUCCCGCUCCAAGUCCCGGGAACGAGAGAGGCACAGGCGCCAUCGCAGCCGUUCUGGCAGCCAUAGCCGAGGCCACCGGCGGGGAUCCAGAGACAGGAGUUCAAAACACAAAUCCUCUAGAGAUCGGUCUUCAAGGGAGAAAUCACGGGAAAGAGACAAGAAAGAGAAGAGCUCUUCUGAACGGCGACACGAAAGCACGAAUGGCAAAUCUCACCCUAAGAGAUCUGAAGAGAGGGAAGCCGGCGAGAUCUGAACUCCGGCCGCGAUCUGUAUUGUACUGUAUAUAUAGUCUUGAGAAAUGUUCUACACAGCCCAAAUUUUUCUCAUUUAUAUUAACUGAAUACAGCACAUUUUUUGUAGUUCUGAAUUUCUAUUGUUUCUGCAGGUAGCAAAGCCAGUAGUGUGACAGUUUCCUAUACUGUUGACUUGAGACUUUUGUCUUUUAAUUGAAAGAAACAAACUCAGUCGCUGGUCUUCAGUGCAGUUUAGCGACUUAAGCAGAAUGCAGCAGAAGCAGGCAGAAGAUGUGGGGUGGCGGGAUCAUAACGUGCUGUAAAAACUCGUGCUCCACCUGCCUAUGUUAAAACAUCACUUGCCUUUCUAUUGCAGACUUGAGUUCAUAACAUACUAAAGAACCUCAGCAGCGCUGGUACUCCCCCCCCUCCUUUUCUAAAUAUGGCAGGUUCAUGUAAUGUUUCUGAUAUCGAAGACUUCGCUAAAUAUGAACAAGCCAGAUUGGUCAAAAGUAACCUACACCACAGCCUAGCUUAAUAAAGUUGUUUUGGGACAGCUGUACAACAUGGCACAAUAUCUCUUCUUCUUUUUUGUUGUAGUAGUUGUAUUUAGAGCUUGGUGAAAGUAGCACAGCAUUUAAAAUUUAAAUGGAUGUUAAUUGGAUUAUUUUGUCAAGUUAUGCAACUCAUCAGUGUGAAUUUUGCACUUCGGGACUUCAUUUUUCUGUGUCUGCUUCCUAAUUUCCAGGUUGCCAGUAUUGAUCCCACUGAAUAUAAAUAAUGUUGUUCCCUGAUGGAGAGGUCCUGGUGUAAGUGGGAUGGGAUUCCUCACACUGCAGCCUCAAACCGGAAGGCACGUUAGAGCAAUUCCAUUAAGAGCAGUGUUCACAAUAGCACAGAAUGACUCUACCAAUUUGGCAGAUGAGGACCUGGCAUGGGGAGCUCUGUCGUGGGACAAACAAACAACUCCCACAUCUAGAUUGAUUUUGCAGUUACAGAGGGGUGGGGUGGGGGAGCAAGAUGCACUAUUCUUGUUGGCGGCAGUUAAGCAGAUUUGCAAUGCUGUCAAGACUGCAUUUGCGGUGACAACCUGAAACACAACUGGUAGGGUUGUGUCAAAGAGGUAGAGGGGCAUAAUCAUAGUCAUGUACUUCAGGUUCUUUUAAUAACUGCUGGUGGCAGCAGAAAACAGUCACGGUGCUGCUGCAGAGAGUGGUGUCCAGGGUACUAGGAGUUUUUGACUUUUUAUUUGUAUAAUUAUCUAGUAGCUUACUGACCAAUUCCUGUGUGCCUCUUCUUCCCUCCAACUUCUUUUUUUCCCUUUUUUUGUGCUGCAGAAUUGUGUUCAUCAAUGCAUGUUUAAUCAAGUUUCUUUUCCGUUUUAUUCUCACUGCUGAAUUCUACCUCCCCCCCCCCCCCGCCCCAAGAGGAGUGGUUGAGUGUGUGUGCUCUCAGCCUUUUGUGUCUUUGUGAGUGACUACCAGGAGAACUAAUGAGCCAGCAGAAGGAGCAGAUGUGUUUCCUUUGGGGGAAUCGGAUUCAGACCUACAGUUGCCCAUUGGGACAGGUAAUAUCUGGACAUGCUCAGACCUAGACUGUGUUGCCCUCUGGAAAGUCAGAGGACGCAGUGAGAAGCCAGCAAGGCAUAUCGUAUUGAGUGUAUAAAAUAUUAGGAAUUCAUCCCUCUGUGGGGUUUUUAUGUUUAGUAUGAGCAGUUUGAUCCUUAACAGCACCUUUGUUUGCCUUUGAGGGAUAUUGGUCUAAGUAACAAAGAUGUAAGUAAAACGCUCUUCUCUUGCCAGUCUCAUUCACAUUAAAAGCUUAUCUUUGUGGC